GCAGGGCCACUCCGGCCCUCCUGCACUGACUCAUCUCGCCAUUCCCGAGCUGCUGGCCCAGCCCCAGCCCCUUCUCACGCUGCACGGGGCCGCAUCCCGGGGAUUGUUUUCCGGGCAGGCAGGCGGGAGGGCCGGGAGCGGCUCCAAGGGCCAUCCAUCACUCCCAAGCAGGCCAAGCCUCUCCCGAUGAGAGGAGGAUGGACAUUUCCCUGGCAGGGGGGGCCCCGAGGCUGCCAGCCCCCUCCGCACACCCACCCACUGCGGCUGCGUGUGGCCGCCCCAACCCCGGGACAGUUUCUCGUCCCUUCCCCGGGGCUGCCGCAAUUUCCAUUAAUAGCCAGCUGAACAGCCUGGCUAAAAAUAACCCCGGGCCCUCUUCAUAAGGCGCGGCCGCCGCCCCCCCGGCAGCCCCGCACGCCAUGGCCGAGCGCCGCGUCCCCUUCACCUUCCUGCGCAGCCCCAGCUGGGACCCCUUCCGCGACUGGUACCAUGGCAGCCGCCUCUUCGACCAGUCCUUCGGGAUGCCGCACAUCCCCGAGGAUUGGUACAAGUGGCCCAGCGGCAGCGCCUGGCCGGGAUAUUUCCGCCUGCUGCCCCGGGAGAGCGCGCUGGUGCCCGCGCCCGGCUCGCCCUUCGGGCAGGCGCUGAGCCGCCAGCUCAGCAGCGGCAUCUCCGAGAUCCGCCAGACCGCCGACAGCUGGAAGGUCACCCUGGAUGUCAACCACUUCGCACCGGAGGAGCUGGUGGUCAAGACCAAGGAUAACAUCGUGGAGAUCACCGGCAAACACGAGGAGAAGCAGGAUGAGCACGGCUUCAUCUCCAGGUGCUUCACCCGAAAAUACACCCUUCCCCCUGGUGUCGAAGCCACGGCCGUGCGGUCCUCGCUGUCUCCCGAUGGAAUGCUGACGGUGGAGGCCCCCCUGCCCAAACCUGCCAUCCAGUCUGCCGAAAUCACCAUCCCUGUCACCGUGGAGAGCCAAGCCAAGGAGCCGGCCAAGAAAUAGGCGGCACCGAGGAGGAGGAGGAGGAGGAGGAGGAGAAGCCGCGCUGCCCCCCGCCCCCAGCUGUCCCUUCACACCCACCCCCUUUUUACUGUUGAUUUUGUACUCGCCCUGCCACUGAGUGCCUUGAAUAAAUGUGAAGGAAACGACAGAAUCAGCCGGAAUAAAAGCUGGUGAAAGAAA